AUGGCGGAGCAGCAGAGACUCUGCUUCAAAGGAUUGCUGACUUUACACCUUUUUAUUUCCCCCUUUUUUUCCCCCCAGAGCAUACAGGAAAUGGGUAACACCAAGGCCAGGCAGCUUUAUGAAGCCAACCUUCCAGACAGCUUCAGAAGACCUCAGACAGACCAAGCAGUUGAAUUCUUCAUCAGGGAUAAAUACGAGAAGAAGAAAUACUACAACAAGAAUGCAAUCAUUAGAAGCAGUCCGAAAGAUGGUAAGAAGGAGAAGGAGCCGGACAGAGGGAACAAGGUGUCUUCUUACACCAAGAGUGAAGAGUCCAGGCCAGCUCCCAAAAUAAGUCCUGCAAAGUCUUCAGAGCCCCCUGUGAACCUACUAGGCCUUGACACGCCCGCCGCUGCAGCAUCAGCUAACAAUGGUAGCACAAGCACAAACCAGAACAAUGACCUGGAUAUAUUUGGCCCCAUGGUGUCCAACCCUCUGCCGUCAUCCACAUCUGCAGCUCAGUUUUCUCAGGGGAGCUCCGGUACCACGGCCAGCACUCCGACACAAGCUCCGGCUGCGGGCUGCGUGGGGGGCGGAGCCAGCUCAGGGUCAGGGCAGGCCGACCUGGACCUGUUCAGCGACAGCAGUAGCGCCGCUAAAGCCGAGGACGGGACCAAGAAGCCGCUGUCCAAGGACUCGAUUCUGUCGCUGUAUGGAACAAACAGCAUGUCCCAGCAAGUCCCUGCUGCCGGGAUGUUCAUGGGCCCCUCUCAGAUGCAGUUUCCUGUUCAGGCCACCCCGGGUUAUCAGGCCUUUCCAGGCAUGGGAGCUGCUGUGCCGCCCACCACCGUCAUGGGUGCGAUGAUGGCCCAGAGUGGGGCGGCCAUGAUGGGGCCCAAUCCCGCCAUGAUGGUGGGCAUGACGAUGCCGAACGGCUUCAUGGGAAACGCGCCCGCCACCGGAAUGAUGGGCAUGGCCCCCAGGAUGAUGGGACCCCAGGGUGCGCCGAUGCCUGCAGGCAUGAUGCCCGCUCAGGGGAUGUACGCCAUCCAGCCGGGACAGCAGGCUCCUUGGAACAUGGGUCAGGUGAACCAGCAGAUGUCAGGGAUGACUCUGAACGGCGCCGGGGGCCAGAUGGCCUUCGGUCAGCCUCCUUCAGCCAUGGGCGGUUGGGCCGCCGCCGCCGGAUCCGGUCAGACUCUGAGCACGCAGCUAUGGAAGUGAGCCUUGGAGCGGGUCGGGGGGGGGGGGCCGGGGGGGGGGGGGGGGGCAAAAGUCCCAGAAAGCGCAAAUGAUUAUUUGUGCUUCUCUGGACCUCGCUAUGAACUGAUGCCCCUUUCCAUCACGGACCAGCCUUCAGAACACGACAAUUGUAUCUCUUUCUUUUUUGUUUCCCUCUUUCUCCCUUUCUGUCUCUCUUUCUCUCUAUUGUGUGAGUGAAUUGGGAGAAAUACAGGAUUCCACGAUUGGCAGUUUCUGCCUCCUAACUUUUUAUUUUCCUUUUUUGGAAAAAAAAAAAAACCAAACAAACAAACAAAAAAAAACAAUAACAAAAUAUAAGGAAACAGUCCCAACAUUGACAUAUCAGUAAAGCUGCAGGACCAGUUACACAAGCUUUUAUUGUAUCUCUGUAUCAAUAUCAGAUUAUAGAACAUUUAAAUAAUUAGUAUUUAAAGGGAGGAGGUGACUAUCAAGGCAGUCAGUGCGGCUCCCAGAUGUACAGCGCUGUAUCACCUUCUUUUAAAGUACCUGUGGUUCCCCUAUAAAAUUAAACUGGUAAAGCUGAUUG